AGGUUACUAUAGUUUACCACGGCUAAAUAAACGAAACCGUUAAAAACAGAAAUACUCUAGUACCGUAAAAAUCCAGUAAGUGGUAGUAGAGCACAAGGAAAGAAGUAGGAACAGUCUUUCCUGUGUUCGUCACUCUGCUCUUUCCUGUCAUAUCCAAAAUGGCCGCCGCAUGUUCACGUGAAGUAUUCACUGAAGGCGUCAGAGCGGGUCUUUACACCUGGCCUACAGUUACUGUCUUGUUCUUAACUCAGAUCGCCGUAGACAACGGUUUUGGGGGAGUGUAUGGACAGCAGAAAGCUGAUUGGAUGGUGGAUGUGGUUCAACAAUACUUCCAUGACAACGCUGACCUUCAGCAGUAUGAAGUGGAAGAUUUCAUCAGUUAUCUUAUAGAUCAGGAGUUCGACACUGUGGUGGAUGAUGGAAGUUUACCUCAGGUCUCAAGCAGUCUCCUGCAGAUGUUCAGUCAGUGGCAGCAGGGGGCGCUGCAGCAGCUCCAAAACACUAUCAACACAUUGACACAAAAGAGUGGGAGAGUCAAGGUUCAGCCCCCACCACCAUCAUCUGAUGACAGCGAUGAAGAAACACAGGUGAUGGAGUGCGACAACUCAGGUCCAUCAGUCAGCAGGACACAGACUUCUUUGGCUCCUCUACCUGUUCCUCAGGAAGAGGAUGAAGAUGGCUGGACUGUUGUCAGAAGAAAAAAGUGAAGAAGAGGAAUAUGAUGAACUGUGAAUUUUAGAGAAUGACGAUGAUCUCUGUCCUCCUCGAGGACAGCGUGAUUGACUGCAGCCAUGAUGACAGCAUCACGGCAGAGUCCACAACCAGAAGAAUUUUUUUUUGGAACGGUUUACCUCUUGAUUGCAAUGUUUUUAUCAUUUCUGACAACUAUUAUUUUUAAUAUUUGAUAAGAAUUCAAUAAGGACAGCUUAAACAUUUAAUACAUUUACACUUAUUUAACUUCCACUUGUUUUACAAACUUUCUUUACUGUCUGACGCAGUCUGUAUUAAUAAAGGCAUAUUCAUGUUGGUUAAAAUAUGUAUCGAAUCA